UUUUUAAUACCUCUUUGGCAGGCCAAUGGAAUUCCCAGAAAGACUGGUCUGUUUAGAAAAAUAUUCGUUCUCAGGCAAGGUGACCAUACUAAAAGUGUUGAUCUUCUGUGUAACGAGUGUGGGUGUAUAUAAAGGACGAAUGUACGCGUUCUUGUCCAAAGUUUGAAACUCAGUUAAUGGUGGUGAAUCUUUUACGAGAUCUAGAUCUAGAUCUAGAUUUCUAGAUCUACAUCGACUUGACUUUCACAACAAGUCUGACUUGAUUCAGUUUCGGCCAGUUUCAGUAGACUAGAUUCUAGAUAUCGAACAAGCUACAGUAACAACAGUGUUCUCUAGAUCUACCUACCAGUCUCAGUCUCACUUGGAAACAAAACGGUCAACAGCCAAUUUUAUUGAAAUUACAAAUCGUGCGAUCAACGCUUUCAAAGUUGUUAGCAACCUAUUCAGGCAGUAAAACUGAUUAUUCCGAUCAUCACCCUACAUGUGUGUAGAUGUUUUUCACCAUCAAUAGGUUCCAUUCCUCUUGCACACUGCAUUCUGAGUCUGCAGAAAUGAAAGAAGUCAUUGCUUGUAUAUGUGGCAAGUAUUGUGAGGAACGUGUACGACAAUUCCUUACAUUGCAACAUAGUCCGGCUUUUUCUCAGAUCUUGGUGUCAAAGUGCUACAUUGAUAGUAAGCAGUUAUCAUUCUCAGGAACCCCUUCAGUUGCUUGCGCUUCACAGAAACUUGGACACCUUAGCCAUAUUUCUAACGCGGUGCCAGACCCUCCUGCAAACAUUCUCGUUCCAGGAGAACAUGAUUUCAUGGCUCGAAACAACGGCCAGGGCAACAGAGUAGGUCACCGCGUGGAGGUGGCUUACGACUCGGGCUUUAGCUCCGGCGGAUUUUCAUCUCACAUUGACUCGGAAGAUGACUUUGAUACGCUAAGGAGAAAUCAUGAAGAAUUGGUUGCGGGUGGUUUUUAUUUUCCAUCCAUUGACCAACCAGCGGCGAUGAAACUGUUAAAAAGAGCGAAAGCCGGAUCAUUUUUGAUUAGAGACAGUGCUCACCCUGGAUAUAUUUAUUCUGUGAGUGUUCGGAGUGAACAAGGAGCCACAAGUGUUCGUAUUUCAUAUACAGAUGGCUUGUUUGGGUUUGAUGGGGAUGAAGAACAGCCCAAGGUUAAGCCCCGCUUUGACAGCCUAGUUGCUCUUUUGGACUACUAUGCACUGAACCAGCUAAAGCAUGGAAAAUGUCUGACAAUGAGAGGAAAGACGGAUCGAAAAUCUGUGGAAAUACCCUUUGCGAAGCCUCUCAGAAAGACGGCGCCUUCUCUUGCUCAUCUGGCUCGGGUAAAAAUUAAUGCAUCUAUAGAUAGGGAGGAAUUGUAUGAACUGUCCAUAGCAUCGUUGCCGCUGCCUGACAAACUUAAACAGUUUAUAAGAGACUACCCUUACAGGUUAUGACAUUGACAAGACUAAAUUAAAAUAUAUCAAAAUUGUUGUCUUUUGAAAGGAGUGCAUUGUAUUUAUUCUCCAGAAACGUUGUGUUCAAACUUGAUCUUUACUUGAGGUCUUAGUUUUCAGACUACUCAGGGAAGAUAAUUUAUUUUAUAUCACUCUGGGAAUAUUUAUGAGGUGAUUUUACAGAAGGAAUGUUUUAUUACUAUAUCAAUGAUUAUCAACCUGGUUUAUGAUGAUUGUUUUAGUGGUAGACAAAGUUGAUGUGAACAUAUUAAAACCUCUUCUAUCCCA